AUGGCAGCUUCCAAGCCUAAAAGAUCAGUCAAACAACCACUCAAUCCAGAUUUUGUGUAUGACUUUCCUGCUGUGGUUUUUCCUACUGAUUUUGAUCCAAAUGCGACUCCCUCGGCAGCCGCUCAGUCGGCUGCACAGGUUCCAGCGACAACGCCAGCUGUGACGGGCGCUGUGGCAAAGAAGAAAUCUACAAAAUCCGCCAACAUUCAAGACCAAUUGGAGUUGGAGUGGUUAAAACAGCAAAACCUUCAACUGGAUUUAAAGCUUCUUUCACAGAAAGAAAAACUCGGCGCAGAAGCACUCCAAACAACACAAGACAAAAUGUCAGCUGAUGCACGUGGUCAACUUAUGCACGACCAGUUGCAAGAAAAAAUCCUUGCAUCGCUCAUGAAUGAACUGACCCCACCGUCGCGAGAGGAGCAGAAUCAGCUAGCACAUCCCAACUUUCCGGUUAUGCAGCAGCCCAAAGCAAGUGCUAAAGGGCACACUGUUUUCUCCGCAAAAGGUACGUUGGAUUAUGAUAAAAUUGACAUUUCAGAAUUUGUGUUUGCCUUUCUUGAGUUUGUUCAACAACAGCAGCAAUCACAACACCAACAUCUGCUUCAGUUUCUCCAGUUGCUUAUGGAAAAAGCUAUGAACUACUCCUGGCUGAGUGUUCGAAAUUUUAAUUUGUCUAUUAACCAAGUAGGCUUACCUGGGGUCAAAUGGAUGUCAUUCAAGCUCGAUCGAAUACUUUCUUUUACAGUCAUGCUGAUCUUUGUUCCAGUCAGAAUACAGGCUCCAAGUUUUCAGGUCCACGCCAGCAACGUGACCCCCCUCGGAGAGAGCAGAAAGAUAUGUAUUGUACUGACUGGAAUUAUAUCGCCAAAUGCUCUUGUAACAUCACUGACCCAGAGUACAAGAACAUGCAUCACUGCAGAGUAUGUGCUUCUGAUCAGUAUCCCAUGCUCCAUUGUGCUAAACGGAGAUAUCCUAUUCCAACUAACAAAUCUGCUCAGCAAAGGCCACAAUGACUAG